AUGGGUAUUUAUAGUCUGUGGAUAGAUGACUAUGACCAGGUUGCACCUGAGUCACACCACUUAUCUAACAUAUUAAAAGCUUUACCUCUGCUGCAGCACUUCAGCAAUAACUUCAGGACUCAGCAGUGUCUUGGCUGGGCUAUCGCCGUUUUUGCCACAUGGGCCCUUUUGUCAUCCGACCCGUUCCACUCAUCUGGCACCACUUCCAACAAUGACAAAGCAACUCUAUUCAUUGUCAAGCACAGUGAGCUCGACAUGAAGCUCAAUUUUAGGUUUAUUCUUGAGGUUUUGGAGCUCAACACAAUGCGGCAAAGCAUCACAUAUGCAGUUAUUUGGCAAAAUGCAUACAGGCCAGUUUCAACAUUACGCUUCCACAGUAUCAUCCAUACCCCCCUACUGACCUUCAGCUUCUCCAUCGUUGCCUCAAACCAUCAUGUCUACCAGGAAGACCAGCAAGAUCCUCAAAUCAACAUCAUCCCGUGUCAGGAUGACACUAUUCUGAGGUGGUAUGGCCAGUACUUCAGUAGCUUGACUGGGUUUCAAAACAAUGUCCUUGGAGCAAAAGAACGACUUGGAAAAGUGUACCUUGAAACAGGGAUCAAUCCCCAAGACACAACAAUGCUCUUUGAUGAUGCAGAAUUUAUCUCUUGUGGAGGUGAAGAGGACAACAUUGACUCUGAUGGAACCCAAAUCUUUGGGAAAUUCUUUCGAACUUUUGACCGUGACCUAUUCCCGCCCUUGUGGUUGCCUACCUUCAGUGGAAGCAUGGCACCAACCACAGUGUAUCUAAUGAUAGUCCUUGUCAUACUUUUCAAGUGGGAGCAGUAUACUUCACAGAGUAUGUUCCUUGUCGCUCGGUAUUUCAGAUGGCUGAUGAACCUGCAAAUGUUGCCCUUGUUCAUGAGGGGCUACUGGGGUGCUCUCCUCUUGAGCCUAUAG